CUCUCAGAUGACAAUGAGUCUGUUGUCUAUGGCAUUUCUCUAUGUACAGGAAACCGUCGGCAAUAUAAAUUACCACAUAACUUAAUAACCAUAACCAACCAAUCCAGACAAACUUUGUAAAAUAUAUUCCAUAAACAUAUACAAAUAUUCAGGUGGCGAGCAAUCGUAUGAGCUUCGAAGCGUGUCUGUUCCCGUUUGGUCAAUGUCGGAAUGCAGACAGGUCCUGGGCACCUCCCGGAAGAUUCCUGACGGUCCGUCCAGUGAUAGCCAGCUCUGUGCUGGUGACAUGAAGGGAGGGAAAGAUACUUGCCAGGGUGAUUCUGGCGGACCAGCGCAGAUCCAAGAUGGUUGUAUCUGGCGCGUGGUAGCUGUAACCUCAGUUGGCAGAGCAUGUGGUGCUCCUCGUACACCGGCCAUAUAUGCCAUCGCUCAGCAACCGUUUAUAUCAGCUGUUGUCUUUGGUCAGAAUAAAAACAAAAAUGACAAUACUCCAAGUCCUGGAAUCAGUUUUGACUUUAAUCAGAGACGUAACGAAAAUGGAGAACGAUAUAAUAAUCAGAACACACAAGGUAUUAAUUAUGGUAACAUUUAUAAUGAUAGAGGAAGUACUAGUUCAAAUAAUAACUUCAACAAUGAGAGAAAUUAUCAAGAAUCGCAAGAAGGAAAGAAGAAAAAUAAUUGGAAUGAUAAUAAUAAUUCUAAAACUGACGCUAGUUAUAAUAAUGGUUAUCUUAAUGAUCAAGUAUCAGAAACAGGACCUAAUUACAGUACACAAAAUUCUAGGAGAGACAAUAAAAAUAAUAACGAAGCUUACAAUCCCUAUUAUAAGCAAGAAUCUAAGCUAAAUAUAAAUAAUAACCAAAAUACUAGAAGAGAUAAGUAUAAUAUAUACAAUACAGAAUCGAUAUCAGACAAUAAUCAGCGAAGAAAUUUCAAUAAUAACAAUCAAGAAUACAUUUAUAACGGUGACACAAAUCAUAAUGAAAGGAACGAUUAUAAUCCACAAAAUACGAACGGUUAUCAAAGUGACGAUUCUAAUAUUUAUCCAAAUUACAAUUUGAACUAUGCUAACAACCAGAAUAAUGAUAACGGCUAUAAUAGAAACCAAUAUACAACAGAUGGUUAUUAUAAUGUAGAUUCAGUACCAAAAUAUGAAAGUAAACCUUAUUACAAUAACGAGAGGGUAUGGUGGUCUUGAAAAAAUUGUCCUAUAUCUCAUAGACUGAUUCGAAUAUAACUACGAUAAAAAAAAGCUCUUAAAUCGUAGGCUAUUCAUUUCAAGAAAUAUUUCCACAAACCGAGAUUUAAGCGGUCCUUUUUCGGAUAUAAAUGAUAAGCAAUUUAAUGACAGCCUAGAUUUAUAAGAAAGCGAAUGUUGAGGUUGCCUGGUCGUAUAGAGUAGAUGGGUGAAGGAAGACUGACUGCCUAAAACUGCUUUGUAAAUAUGUUUCACAUUACAUUGAUCAUUAAAAAUUGUUAACCAGUAAAUAUAAUGAAUUUAUUGUUCCGAUAAUAUUUUUAUAACAAAUAAUGUGACCUAUUGAUAUUGUUAUAAAAACAAGACUGUACUUAAGAUUUAAUUAAUAAUAAUAGUAAUAGUAAAAAAAAAUAUUGUUUUAAUUUAAUUUGGAGUAAUUAAGAACAGAAUUAGAAUUACGUAUAGACAAUACAUAACAACCGAAA